GGCGGUGGAGGGGGAGGAGGUGGCGCUGACGGCUGCUGCGUCGGGUCCUGUCCCGGGUAGCUCGGCGGCGGGCGCAGCGAUGCUGCAACUGCGGGACUCGGUGGACUCGGCAGGCACGAGCCCCACCGCGCUGCUGGCGGCCGGCGAGGAGGUCGGGCCGGGCGGUGGCGGCAGUGGCGGCGGCGGCGGUGGCGGGCGGCCGGGGGUGGGUACGCCGCUGCGGCAGACGCUGUGGCCGCUCAGCAUCCACGAUCCCACGCGUCGCGCCCGCGUCAAGGAGUACUUCGUGUUCCGGCCCGGUACCAUCGAGCAGGCGGUGGAGGAGAUCCGCGUGGUCGUCCGGCCGGUGGAGGACGGCGACAUCCAGGGGGUGUGGCUGCUGACCGAGGUCGAUCAUUGGAACAACGAGAAGGAGAGGCUGGUGCUCAUCACCGACCAGUCGCUGCUCAUCUGCAAGUACGACUUCAUCAGCCUGCAGUGCCAGCAGGUGGUCAGGGUAGCCCUGAGCGCGGUGGACACCAUUUCCUACGGAGAAUUCCAGUUUCCGCCGAAAUCGCUCAACAAGCGAGAAGGUGUUGGGGUUCGCAUCCAGUGGGACAAGCAGAGCCGGCCUUCCUUCAUAAGCAGAUGGAACCCCUGGUCCACCAGCGUGCCCUACACCACGUUCACAGAGCACCCGAUGGCCGGUGUGGAUGAGAAGACGGCCUCUCUGUGCCAGCUGGAAGACUUCAAAGCGCUGUUAAUCCAGGCCGUCAAAAAGGCCCAGAAGGAGAGCCCUUGGCCGGGCCAGGCCGGGGGCGUGCUGGUCCUGGAGCGCCCGCUCCUCAUCGAGACCUAUGUGGGGCUCAUGUCCUUCAUUAGCAACGAGGCCAAGCUGGGCUACUCCAUGACCAGAGGCAGAAUCGGCUUCUAGACGCCGGGCUGAUGGGACUGGGGAGGGCGCGGUCCGGCCUGCGGCUGCUCCCGUGCCCCUCACCCCUCAGGUCUGGGCGCGGUUGGCAUGACGAGUGAAUGGUGUUCCUGGGCCUUGGGUAACAUGAACUGCAGACACUGCGAAAGGAAUCGAGCUGUCGCCUCCUGGCCCGUAUCCGUUUCCUAGAACCGGUUUGCUCCGUUGUUGCGUUGCUCCUGCCCUCUCCACCCGGCUUCCCGUGGUCCCUCCCGCCCCCGGCCCAGCGCAUUAAUAAUAAACGCUGUGAUUCCACUCGAAGGUCCCAGGCAGCGGCAGCGGCAGCCGUGCAGAGCGCUGCAUCCAGGGGCUGCCUGAGCCCCCAGUGCCUGUAUUGCAAGUAUGUUUACAGCUGGUGUCAGAUUUUGUAUUUGGAGAUUUCAUCCGUCUUCUUAAAGCUGAUAUGAAAGAAGCCAGCGCGGCGGGCUCCAUAAGAGACCGUCUGCGGUGGCAGUUCCUGAAGAACAGCUGCUUUUGCGUAAAUGUUUGACCUAAAGUCGCGCUUUUCUUAAAAUCAA